AUGUAUCACUAUCUGCGACUCUCUCUACUGCUGGUCACCACUCUCUCUGACGUAGCAAUUGCUCAAAGAUGGAGGGAGAUCAGCGGCAGCAACCAAUGGAGCGGCCUCCUAGACCCCCUCAACAUCGACGUCCGGCGCGAGGUCAUCCGCUACGGCGAGCUGGCGCAGGCGACGUCGGACGGCUUCAUCACGGACCCCGCGUCGCCGUACGCCGGGGCUUGUCGCUACAGCCCGGCCUCGUUCUUCACCAAGGUUCAGGCGUCCGACCCGGGUGCGUACCGCGUCACAAGGUUCAUCUACGCGACGUCAAGCGCCCGGCUGCCUGAGGGGUUCAUGGCGAGGCCGCUGCCGGUGGGUGCGUGGAGCACGGAGUCCAACUGGAUGGGGUACGUCGCGGUGGCCACGGACCGCGGCGCGGCGGCGCUCGGGAGGCGGGACAUUGUGGUGGCGUGGCGCGCGACGAAGCGGGCGACGGAGUGGGCCAGCGACCUGGACUUCGCGCUGGUACCAGCGGCCGGCAUCGUCGGGCCGGGGCGCGGCUGGUCGCAGCCGUACGUGCACAGGGGGUUUCUGUCCGUGUACACGUCCAAGAACUCCACGUCCAGGUUCAACAGACGAAGCGCGCGCGAGCAGGUGCUGACCGAAGUAAGAGCGCUGCUCGAUACGUACAAGAACGAGGACUGCAGCAUCAGCAUAACCGGCCACAGCCUGGGAGGGGCACUGUCCACGCUCAACGCCAUCGACCUGGUCGCCAAUGGAUUCAACGUCCGCGGCUCGUCCCGAACCCCUGUGCCCGUCACGGCCAUCCACUUCGGCGCCCCCCGCGUCGGCGACGAGCAGUUCAAGAAGGCUUUCCACGCGAUGGCCGGCCUGAGCCUGCUCCGGGUCCGCAACGUCCCGGACAUCGUGCCGACCAUCCUGCCGCCCGUGAUCUACGCCGACGUCGGCGUGGAGCUGCUCGUGGACACGCGCAAGUCGCCGUACCUCAAGGAGAAGGCGGGCCCUGCCCAGUGGCACAACCUGGAGGGCUACUUGCACGGCGUCGCGGGGACGCACGGCGCCGGCGACAGCGCGGGGUUCGGCCUGGAGGUGGACCGCGACUUGGCGCUCAUCAACAAGGAAGAGGACGCGCUCAGAGACGAGUACCCCGUGCCGGCGAUGUGGUGGGCGGAGAAUAACAAGGGCAUGGUCAAGAACGCCACUGGACACUGGGUGUUGCACGACCACGAGGAGGGUAACCUUGCGUUGUGA